UCAAACGCCCCUCAUCCGAUCGCAGAGAGCAAAGCACUGAACCAAAACUAACACCACAUCAAGGAGAGGCAAAGAGGAAGAGGAAGAGGAAUGGAGGUUUUCUCGUUACGAUCUCUACCUUGUGCAGCUCGACCCCCCUCGAGAACUUGGAAAAGGGCUCUCGUAGAGCGACUCGCUGCCGUCUCCGGCCGAUCCCUUCCGGCCCCAGGGAAACCCUCGAGGUGCCCUCGCGAUGGAAACCCUCGAUCCCUCUGCUCCCGGCCUCGGGCUUCCGCGGCAGUUUCAUCCGAUGCCAAGGCCGGGGAAGUAAGUAAACAGGAAAUGAGCUCGAAGGAUAAAGAUCUUGUGUUUGUUGCUGGUGCAACCGGUAGAGUUGGUUCACGUCUUGUAAGGGAGCUUCUGAAAUUUGGGUUUCGAGUGCGAGCAGGAGUCAGGAGUGCGCAAAGAGCAGAACCACUAGUACAGAGUGUUCAACAAAUGAAGCCUGAUGUCGGAACCGGACCUUCAGGAACUGAACCUGCAGCGAAGCUCGAACUCGUUGAAUGUGACCUUGAAAAACAAGGUGACAUAGGACCAGCAAUAGGUAAUGCUUCCACGGUUUUGUGCUGCAUAGGAGCCAGUGAGAAGGAGAUUUCUGACAUAACAGGACCAUAUCGAAUCGACUAUAAAGCUACCGAGAACCUUAUAAAAGCUGCAACUGUUGCAAAAGUUGACCACUUCAUUCUGCUUACAUCUUUGGGAACAAAUAAGUUUGGGCUUCCAGCUGCAAUUCUAAACUUGUUCUGGGGAGUCCUCUUCUGGAAAAGGAAGGCAGAAGAAGCAUUAAUUGCCAGUGGUCUACCUUACACAAUAGUAAGGCCAGGGGGGAUGGAACGACCCACAGACUCUUAUAAGGAGACUCAUAAUAUUGUCCUUGCUAAUGAGGAUACUUAUUUUGGUGGACAAGUCUCCAACCUUCAGGUUGCAGAACUCAUGGCAUUCAUGGCGAAAAAUAGAAAGAUCUCAUACUGCAAGGUUGUCGAGGUGAUUGCUGAAACAACUGCACCACUGCUGCCUAUGGAUGAGCUUCUUUCCAAGAUUCCUUCACAACGGGAACCACCGGCUGAGAUUGUGAAGGAUGUUGCACGUUCAAGUACUGAACCGAAACCUACCAAGUUAGUUGUGGAGGAAGAACCUGAAAAAACCGAAGGACAGAAGACAAGACCACUUUCUCCUUACUAUAUGUAUGCUGACCUGAAGCCGCCAAGCUCUCCAACUCCCAUCCCAAGUGCUACACCUGGAAGUUCAAAAGAGAAACAGGUGGAGUUUGUACAAGCUAAAUCAGAGCCUGAACCUACAUCAGCUUCCUUAAGUGCAUCCAAAUUGUCUGAAGAUGUUGCCAAGAAGGAAGCUGGCCAAGUUCUAGCCCAGAAAACUAGGCCUCUCUCUCCUUAUACAGCGUAUGAAGAUCUGAAACCACCUUCCUCUCCAUCCCCAGUGGACUGUAAAGCUACAACAAAUCCAGUCAUUCCAGAGUCUCCUGAAGUUCCACAUGGUAACUCGAGUUACCGGUCACCAUUUCCCGUGUACGAAGAUUUAAGGCCUCCGGCUUCACCGGCACCAUCCUUGCCAAAAUAUUAGCACGAAGAUGAGAAGCAAAGUACAUAUGACUACAUUUAUCUCUGGAAGACACAAGCUCACAAAAAGUUUCUAGCCGAGUUCCAGAAGAUCAACCAUUUCUGGAGAUGGAUGCGAGUUAAUUUUCAUGCAGAAGACAAAUUUAUUUGCAUUGCUUAUAUUGUUAUAUAUUUCUUUCCUGUUGCCCAUGUAUAUCAAUUCGCUGAGCUACUGUCAGUGCAGUUUUAGCUGGAGACAAAAUAAUCGAAGUCCUUUUAGUUUCUCUUCA